AUGAAGGUCUCCAACGGGCUCAGUGCUCUUUCACUCGUUUCUGGUGGACUGGCAGCAUCCACCAACUCAUCCUCAUCUGACGUCGCAGCCUUGCUGGCGAACGGAGAUCUCGACCUCGGAAUCACGGCAGAAGCCUACGAGAAGGCCGUUGCCUUCGUCUCGACCCUCACCAAUGCUCAAAAUGUCUCCAUCAUCACCGGCACCGACAUCUCCGACUCAAACGUGACAUGGACGGCCUACACCUCAGCCGACGGGGGCUCCGGCCUUAUAGCAGAGCAGUUCAAGGCCAUCGGAGAGGAGUUCUAUGGGAUGGGCUACAGCCUCGUCGACGGCCCCGUAGCAAGCCCGGCAGGACGCGUCCCCGAAGGUGGCCGCAACGCAGAGGGCUUCUCCUUCGACGCGUACCUGAGCGGGAUAGCCAUGGGCCAGGCCGUGACGGGCAUGAACUCGGCGGGUGUGAUCACGGCGGGGCGUCACUUCCUCUUCAACGAGCAGGAGACGAACCGCAUGACAGGCGAGCGGUACUCGUCCAACGUCGACGAGAAGACCGCGCAGGAGGUCUACCUCUGGCCCUUCGCCGACGGGGUCAAGGCGGGCAUGACGGCCGUCAUGUGCGCCAUGAACCGCGCCAACGGAAGCAUGACCCAGGCCCGCCUCGACGACAUGGCCAUCCGCAUCGGCCAUCUGGCGACGGCGGGUGGAUCUGGCCAGGCAUCAUUCCCAUACCUGAUCACGCCGCAGAUGGCGCUCACGCUCCGCCAGUCCCAGAACGGGGGCAUGAUCUGGUGGAUUCUGAACAACACUUACACAUCCACUUCCACGGGAGGCUUUGACGGCGGUGGGAUGGGUGAUGGCGGUGGGUUCGGGAGCGGCAACGACACUGGCUCAUUCCCUGGUGGUGGUGGUGAUGGUGGAAACAGCAGCACGACAAUGCCAGGCGGUGGAGGCAUCGCGGGCAUCGGCGGCGGAACGGGCAUGGAUCAGUCCAUCCCAGACUACGCCGCGAACUCGGCCGUGUGCCUGGUCUUCAUCAACGCCGACUCGGGCGAGGGAGCCGACCGCACAGAGCUAUACGACACGAAGCAGGACACCCUCGUCACCACGGUUGCGGAAAACUGCAACAACACGGUAGUUGUGAUCAACACCGUUGGGCCGCGGCUUAUUGAUGCCUGGGUCGAGCAUGAGAAUAUCACCGCAAUUGUCUACGGCGGACUCCUCGGCCAGGAGAGCGUCAAUGCAAUUGCUGACGUCCUCUACGGCGACGUGAACCCCUCCGGGAAGCUGACUUACUCCAUUGCAAAGAACGAAUCGGACUAUGCGAACGGGAUCUGCACCUCGACGGACUACGCGUGCGACUUCACCGAGGGCGUGUACGUCGAUUACCGCUGGUUCGAUGCCAAGAACAUCACGCCACGGUACGAGUUCGGAUACGGACUGAGUUACACCACCUUCGACCACGGAAAAGUCGAUGUCAAGACCACCAACGCGUCAGCCUUGACCUCCAAGUACGCCACUGGCGUAUUGGGGCUGGGUGGGCAGACGGAUCUGUGGGACGAUGUCAUCCAGGUCACCACGAGUGUGAGCAACACGGGUGCCGUCGAGGGUGCUGAGGUCGCUCAGUUGUACGUGACUUUCCCGGAAGAGGCCGGACAGCCUGUCCGGGUCCUCUGCGGCUUCGAGAAGGUAAACGUCAAGCCAGGCCAGAGCGCUCCCGUCACAUUCAGCUUGAGGAGACGGGACGUAAGCUACUACGACACUGCCGCUGGGAAAUGGGCUGUUGCCAGCGGAGACUACACAUUCGCCGUCGGUUCCAGUUCAAGAGACAUCAAGGCUAGCACAAAUCUGACCCUCUAA